AUGCUACAUGCUAUGGAUUACAACAAUGAGGGUGUGGCAGUUUUGCAUGUCAUGCAAGGUGAAGCUACUCUACUCUAUAAAGUCGUUGCAAUCUUCUUUAAGCUGAUGGGCCUGCUGGGAAGAGCCACAAGGGUUAUGGUGGCAGAGGUUUCUGAUAAUGGGCCUUGUGCACCUGAAGAUCCUGAUCGUGUCAUUAUCAAAGAUUUUUGGCUUACCACUGGCACUCCUUCCAACAGCAACAUUCAUGAUAAGCUAGAAGAUUUGACAAAAGAUCCAUUCUUUGCAAGUUACAAUGAAAGCUCCUCACCUAUCUUCCAUUAUCCUGACAAUCACCAACCUCCUCCUGCAUCUUUUGACGACAUCAUCAGAUCUGGAAAUCCAGAAGUGGAUGCCUUAUAUGAUAGGGCAAACACCGGCUGGGAUGACACACACCCCCCACCAGAAAUUCCAAUCAGAGACCAUUGCCUUUCCCCAUCAUCAACCCUUGUGCCACCUAUUGCACAUCCUGGGACGCUUAUUCAGGACACAACCAAGGUUAUCAUGAGCAUUGCUGGAGUUUCAGAGUUUGCUGCCUUGGAGGACCAUACACAUCAUUGUAUGGCCAUGAAAACAGUUGGGGUAGAACUUGGGUGGUUUUCCUGUGUACGUGAAAUGCUGGGUGGGAUUAUUGUAUCUGGCUACACAAGCUUUCAGAAUAGUUACUUGAGAUGUGGUCUUAUUCAUUGUGAUGUUAGUGAUAGCAAUUCAUGGCUUCAAGUCAAGGCUGCCUUGGCCAUCCCAGAUUGGCCUGUUAAUGUCAAAAAUGACUGGCAUCCACAGCAUCCUGGAGUUUUAGGAGAUUGA